AUGGCGGAGUGCGGCGGCCGCGGCAGCGGCGCCGAUGGCGGAGGAGGGGCGCGCGGGCGGGCCUGCUUCGACUUCGACGACUACCCGUUCCCGGCACCGCUGGACGAAUUCGACGACGACGUCCUGCACCUGCUCCAUGUCCCCCUCCUCGGAGACGACGUCGCGGCUGCGGCGGCCACGCCGGCGCUGGUGCAGAGCGCCGCUUACCACGGUUCCACCGGCGACGAGGAUCUUCUGAACUGGUCAGCGUGGUCAUCCAUGCUUGAUAAUUUUCACACCGACGUCGUCGACGACGCUCCACCUCCUCCCCCUCCUCCCCCUACCCUCGUUCGGUCGCCGGAUCACUGCGUCGCGUCAACGUCGUCCGCCGCACCGGCGCCGCCGGAGGUCACCGUGGACUGCCGUGCCUGCCAAGUGCUCAGAGAAGUAGUGCAUUCCAAUGGGUUGGAGACGACCAAGCUUUGUAUCCAUGGCGGCGACGGCGCGUUCUACCAUGCAAUACUGGACGUGUACCGUGUCAAAUCCAGGGGUCUGGCACUGGCACAUCACUCCAUCAUCGAUUUCAGAGGGUGGGGCUACGACUGGGUGAAGCAGUACCUGACGGACUACGCGCAGCGGCGAGCCACCGGCGGCUUCGCCGUCGUGCAGGACUCGCUCUCGGCGUUCCACGACGCCCUCUGCACACCCAUGCCCUGCAGCAGCCAUGUCAGCGACGCAUAUAAAAGAGCAGCAUCAUCAGUAGCAGCAGCAAGAACCAAUGGCGAUGGUGAUCAUCGACUCGUCGUCCAGACAGAUGCCGUAGUACAGCCAGUAGCAUCAUCGUCAGGUUGCCGUGUCGGAGCAGAAGCAGCGGCAAGCAGUGGUGAUCGUCAACUCGUCAUCGACACUGCCGCCAUCCAGCAGCCAGCAUCAGGGCCUUCGCAGGCAGAUCAUACCGUUCAUCAGAUGCAACAAUGUUUUCAUCGUGCUGACAGGACUGCACUUGCAAUCCAGAGGGAGAGAACUAAGAAGCUUUGCCUGGGUGACGUCGCCCCCUACUUUGACCAACCCAUUGCCAAGGCUGCUAGAAAGUUGGAUGUCUGCGCCACUGCUCUCAAAGCCAUCUGUCGUAAAAAUGGUGUACAACGAUGGCCAUAUCGUAAGGUGAGAAGCAUCGAUAGGCAGAUUGCGACUCUAAGGAGAUCUGGUAACGGAGACACAAAUGAGAUUGAAAUGUUGAUCGCUUCGAGGAGAAGGAUAGUUGCUGGUAUUAUUGAAUAAGGACCAAGGGGAAUUAAUGCUAACCCCUUUUGAGCCCUCACAAUUCACAAAUGCACAUAGAGAU